AGGCUUGACAUUAAGCGGAGGCUGACAGCCAGGUCCGACCGUGUGAAGAGCGUGGACCUUCACCCAACCGAACCGUGGAUGCUGGCCAGUCUAUACAACGGUAGCGUCUGCGUGUGGAACCAUGAAACACAGACCUUGGUGAAGACCUUUGAGGUGUGUGAUCUGCCUGUCAGAGCAUCGAAAUUUGUUGCCAGGAAGAACUGGGUCAUCACUGGAGCAGAUGACAUGCAAAUCCGUGUGUUCAACUACAACACCUUGGAGCGUGUUCACAUGUUUGAGGCCCACUCGGACUACAUCCGUUGCAUCGCGGUCCACCCCACUCAGCCCUACAUCCUCACCAGCAGCGAUGAUAUGUUGAUCAAGCUAUGGGACUGGGAUAAGAAGUGGUCCUGCAGCCAGGUGUUUGAGGGCCACACGCACUACGUCAUGCAGAUCGUCAUCAACCCGAAGGACAAUAAUCAGUUCGCUAGUGCCUCCCUAGACAGGACCAUCAAGGUUUGGCAGCUGGGCUCGUCGUCUCCCAACUUCACUUUGGAAGGCCACGAGAAAGGGGUCAAUUGCAUUGACUAUUACAGCGGAGGAGACAAGCCCUACCUGAUAUCAGGGGCUGAUGACCGCCAGGUCAAAAUCUGGGACUAUCAGAACAAGACCUGUGUUCAGACUUUAGAAGGUCAUGCCCAGAAUGUCUCAUGUGUGAGCUUCCACCCAGAGCUGCCAAUCAUAAUCACCGGGUCAGAGGAUGGUACGGUUCGUAUUUGGCACUCCAGCACGUACCGACUGGAGAGCACCCUCAAUUAUGGCAUGGAGCGGGUUUGGUGUGUAUGUGGUCUGAGGGGCUCCAACAAUGUAGCACUAGGCUAUGAUGAAGGAAGCAUCAUUAUCAAAGUGGGCCGUGAGGAGCCAGCCAUGUCAAUGGACACCAGCGGCAAGAUUAUUUGGGCCAAGCACAGCGAAAUCCAGCAAGCCAACUUGAAGGCAAUGGGUGAUGCAGAAAUCAAAGACGGCGAAAGGCUCCCGUUAGCUGUCAAAGACAUGGGCAGCUGUGAAAUCUACCCUCAAACUAUUCAGCAUAAUCCCAAUGGAAGAUUUGUUGUUGUAUGUGGCGAUGGAGAGUACAUCAUCUAUACCGCCAUGGCACUGAGGAAUAAGAGCUUUGGAUCAGCACAGGAAUUCGCAUGGGCACAUGACUCAUCGGAGUACGCCAUUAGAGAAAGCAACAGCGUUGUGAAGAUUUUCAAAAAUUUCAAAGAAAAGAAAUCAUUCAAGCCUGAUUUUGGAGCCGAGGGUAUAUAUGGAGGUUUCUUGCUCGGGGUGAGGUCAGUAAACGGUCUGGCCUUUUACGAUUGGGAGAACACUGAGCUGAUCCGUCGCAUCGAGAUUCAACCAAAACAUAUCUUCUGGUCGGAGUCCGGCGAAUUGGUAUGCAUAGCUACAGAAGAGUCUUUUUUUAUUCUUCGCUACAUGGCCGACAAAGUUGCUGCCUCUCAAGAAAACAACGAAGGAAUAACCGAGGAUGGCAUUGAGGAUGCUUUUGAGGUUCAGGGAGAGAUCCAGGAGAUCGUCAAGACCGGCCUCUGGGUUGGUGAUUGCUUCAUUUACACAAGCUCUGUCAACAGACUCAACUACUUUGUCGGGGGAGAAAUUGUCACCAUAGCUCAUUUGGACAGAACCAUGUAUUUACUGGGUUACAUACCAAAAGAUGACCGCCUUUACCUGGGAGACAAGGAGCUCAACAUUGUCAGCUACUCUCUGUUGGUCUCGGUUCUGGAGUACCAGACCGCCGUCAUGAGGAGGGACUUUGGAAUGGCCGACAAGGUGCUUCCCACAAUUCCUAAAGAGCAACGGACCAGGGUGGCCCACUUCCUGGAAAAACAGGGUUUCAAGCAACAGGCGUUAGCUGUGUCCACAGACCCUGAGCACAGGUUUGAGUUGGCGUUGCAGCUGGGAGAGUUGAAGAUUGCCUACCAGCUGGCUGUAGAGGCAGAGUCGGAGCAGAAGUGGAAGCAGUUGGCCGAGCUGGCGAUUAGUAAGUGUCAAUUCGGCCUGGCCCAGGAGUGUCUUCAUCACGCGCAGGAUUACGGCGGACUACUCCUCCUUGCCACUGCGUCGGGAAAUGCCCCAAUGGUGGGCAAGCUGGCCGAGGGCGCCGAAAGAGACGGCAAGAACAACGUGGCCUUCAUGACCUACUUCUUGCAGGGGAAACUGGAUCAAUGUUUGGAGCUUCUGAUUCGAACCAACCGUCUACCUGAAGCUGCUUUCCUGGCUCGCACGUAUCUGCCAAGCCAGGUGUCCCGUGUGGUCAAACUAUGGAGGGAAAAUCUAGCCAAGGUCAACCAGAAGGCAGCUGAAUCCUUAGCAGACCCCACAGAGUAUGAAAACCUGUUUCCUGGUCUGAAAGAAGCGUUUGCAGCUGAGAGUUACCUCAGAGAAAAUUGCCUAGGCACUUCUCGGCCUGCCAAAGAUUAUCCUCUGGUGACACUUAAUGAAGACAGGAAUAUUUUGGAGGAGGCUCAAGGAUAUGAGGCAAAGGAGACUGUCCAGUCUUCUGUUAUUGAGAAAGAAGAAUGUGAAGAACCUUUAGUAUCAUUCGCGCCUGAAGUUCCGGCAGACUCUUCAGUCAUUCCUUCAGAGCCUGAAAGUGUCCCUUCACAGAUUCUGGAGGAAAUCCCCACAUUCUCACAGUCAGAAAAAGAUAAGGUUCUGGAAGAGCUGGAGCUAGAUCUUGACAAUUUGGACGUCGAUGAUAUAGACACCAGCGACGUAAACUUGGAUGAUGACUUUCUGGAGGACUAG